AUGAGCGAACGUAAUCUACAAGAGGGCCAUCAUCGAAGCCCGACUAAUGGAGAAUGUAAAGUGCCCACACAGGAGCCAAACGCCCAGCCCAGCUGGUGGAGAGACUGCUUAUACUGGCUUGUAACAUUUGAAGCCCGGGAGACAAGAAAAUCGAACUAUAGCUCCAUGCCCAAGGUAGUCAACUACAACUUUUUUUUGGGAGGCCGCCUGCGAGCGGUUUCUGGCACAGAACCUCUCUCGCUUUUCGUCCUAAUUGCACUAUUGGCUCCCAUGGUUCUGUAUUCCAUAUUUGAAGCACAAGCUCUGUGGCGGCUGGGCCGCGGACAUGGUGCGCUUGUGAUACUGUUCUACUACUUUUGGGCCAUUUGUCUCGUGUCUUUCAUAAAAACGGCCACAAGUGAUCCAGGAGUACUACCACGCAACGUGCAUGUUCCCAUAGUGGGUGAAGAGUUCCAGCUCCCGCGCAGUUACUACAACAUAAUUACGCUGCCAAGUGCUCAUCCAGAAGGUAAAACCGUGGACGUGAAGUACUGCGCAACCUGCCGAAUUUGGCGACCACCACGCGCAUCGCACUGUUCCACUUGUGAAGCCUGUGUUCUCACACACGAUCAUCACUGCACCUGGGUGAACAACUGUAUAGGUCAGCGAAACUACCGCUACUUUUUGACAUUCUUAGCCAGCUGCUGCCUUGCUACAACGCUGUGCAUCGUGGGCUGUGGAAUCCGAGUUGCACAGGCAACGCGGCCGGACAGGGUGGUUGUGGCGAUCCUACUAAUAAUUUACUGCGCGCUCGGCUUGUGCUAUCCGCUGCUUCUGCUGGUGUACCACAUGUUUCUCACUUCUACUCAGCAAACAACUCGAGAAUAUCUCAAGCAUGUGCCCUCGAAGACCGCUAUCCGCCAAGCGCUCUCGUCUCCAAAUGCGAAUCCCUUUGAAAAAGGCAACCGAAUCAAAAACAUGAUCUCUCUCAUCUGCCAGAGAAGAGGAGUCAGUGUGAUGAGCGCCAGAGAAUCUCAUUCUGCCGGCGAUUGGAGGUUCGUGAGCCUGCCGCAGCCUCAUAGCUUUGAAAAGGUUUGA